AUUUGUCCGUCAAGUGACGAUAGUGUUUCUGCAGGUGCUCGACUAGGUGCAGCGUUGGCGCAUUUGGAGCUAAAAAAUAUAUGACGAUGGCCUCAGCAACAGAUGCCCGCUAUGGACAGAAGGAGUCUGCCGACCAGAACUUUGACUAUAUGUUCAAGAUCCUGAUCAUCGGUAACAGCAGCGUGGGUAAGACAAGCUUCCUGUUUCGCUACGCUGACGACUCGUUCACCCCAGCCUUCGUCAGCACAGUGGGAAUCGACUUCAAGGUGAAGACCAUCUACAGGAACGACAAGAGAAUCAAGCUGCAGAUCUGGGACACAGCUGGACAGGAGCGGUACAGGACCAUCACCACGGCCUACUACCGAGGAGCUAUGGGCUUUAUCCUCAUGUACGACAUCACCAAUGAGGAGUCCUUCAACGCCGUGCAGGACUGGUCGACACAGAUCAAAACGUACUCCUGGGACAACGCCCAGGUGCUGCUGGUGGGGAACAAGUGCGACAUGGAGGACGAGAGAGUGGUGGCUGCGGAGAGGGGCCGGCAACUCUCCGAACACCUGGGGUUUGAGUUCUUCGAGGCCAGUGCCAAAGACAACAUCAACGUGAAGCAGACCUUUGAGCGACUGGUGGACAUCAUCUGCGAGAAGAUGUCCGAGAGCCUGGACGCAGGGGACCCUGCCGUGACGGGGGCCAAACAGGGCCCCCAGCUGACCGAGCAGCCAGCGGCCCCACAUCAGGACUGUGCAUGCUAAAAACGACAACAACAACAACAACAACAACAAACACUCCCAGUGUACACAGGCUCUCAUGCAUACAGCCAUGUAUAGGCACAUCCGCACACACACUAUCACACACACCAUCUCUGCCAGGCUCCCCCUCACCUUUCUCCCUUAGCUAGCGCGCGUCGAGCGGUAGCCGCCGGAAGAAAGAAACGGUUUCUUUCUAAUGUGCUCUUCGUCCCCGUCUGUGUCCCAUCUGCCCUGUUCUUUUUUAUUCUUUCAGAGAAAUAGCAAAUUCACUGCAUUCACUCGUCUUGCGUCAGCAUUCCUUGGCCUUUGUGGAAGACAAAGAAAGCCAUAUAUCUGAUUGGUUUGGUUUUUAAGGGUUAGUAAAUAUGGAGAAAACUGUGCUGACAUUUAGACCAGUCAGUGGAAUAUGAUGCACAUUUUUAAUCGAGUUUCAUUCUUACUGCCUUUCAAGCACCUUCAGUUGGUUUUAGUUUUCUUUAAACUAUAUUUUUGUAUUUUUUGUGUGGUUUGUGUGUGUGUGUGUGUGUGUGUGUGUGUGUGUGUGUACGCGUGCGUGUUUCUUUAUUUCAGCUAAACUUGUGGCAUAGAAAAUAUGAACAAAUAGAUACCUAAAAUUAGAGAACACAUAUAUCUUUAUAUAUUUAUUUCAAGGUGUGUAUAUACAUUGUGUAUGUUAUAGAUGAGAUACAUCUCAAAUGAACUUUCAAAACAACAGUAAGUAACGUAAGACUAUGACUGGUUUUUGCAAGCUGUUUUUGCCACCAUAAUGACUACUACCAAAAAUCUUCAUAGUGCGAUACAUGCAGCUUUAUCAGAUAGGCUUACAAAGAUUAGCUGGAACAUAUUGACAAACAGAUGCAUCUAGCGAUGCAAAUUUGCAUGGGGAGAUAUCAAGAUUUUUCUGCAGUGUAAAAACCCUACUAAAUCUAAGAUCUGUAAAAGAAAAGGAUUUUUAUCUAUUUUAGCUCUUUCCAAUCAGGCUCAUCUCUGUAUGUGCUCACCAUCGCUAACGUGUGGUGUGUGGCCUCCGCUGAGCGAUCUGAGGGCUGGUGUGCUUGCUCCGUUGUGGUGACCGUUGUGGUAUCCUGCAGCGGCAUAAGUAAGAUGAAAAACUAGAUUCCCUGUGUAUGUUUGAGAGAAUUGUUGGCAUGUUACUGGUUACUUUAUUUGCAUUACGACUUUUAUUUGCAAAUAUCAUUGAUUUGUGUCACCUUUGAGAUGCAAUACAUUAAAUGUUGUGUUUAAAUAAACGUUUCUGUGAUGUAACUGCGACCAUGGUGUGAGGGGAAAAUAGCACUGAUUUGAUCUUUUAUGCAAAAGUGGGCGUCUGGAUUGUACUGUGGCGUGGCAGGGGAAGAGAGGUACAAUCAAUGCUGACAUCAGUCUUUUUUAGUCAUGUGGUCCCUUUUUGUCAUCAAUGUGGCGAACAUCAACUUCAGUGUAUAAAUAGGCAGCAGUGGUGAUCCAUCGUGUAAAUGUCAGAGAAGACACAUCUGCAUCCAUUAAUUUGCUAUACAGAUAAGUAUAGCUGUUUGCUGUAUCCCGAAUGAACACAUCAUUCUUUAUGUCACUGGGAUUUUGUCCAUGUCCCAGUGCAUGUGACUGGGACUUGAGUAGGGGCUGGCAUGAGUGAUGUAUUGACUUCAGAAUGGCUUGUGCAGACCACAAUGGCGAAUAUUAUUCAAAGGAAUUUCUCUGUUCUAUGAAUAUGAUUAUGGGGAGAUUGGCUAAAUUAUACAACUGCCCUGUUUACUCGUCUCAGAAGGAGGGUUUGCAGCAAAGGCAGCGUUUUGAUUCUAGUUUAAGCUGUAUGCAGAUGUGUCGACGUGCACCCCCCCCCCCCCCUGCUCAUUCGCUGUGUUCCGUUGCUGCGUUUCCUGACGUUCUUAUUCAUGUAAAUAGAUUCACGUCGUUUGAUUUAAGAGUGGAUUGUGUUGUAUUGACAAGCUUGCAAAAAUGAAAAAUGAAAAAAAUGUAAAAAUGUUCAGCUUUUGUGUGUGCCUGCUUGUGAAUGAAUGUGUCACUUUAUUACAAAGCAAUAUUCUGUAUAAAGAAGCAUCUUUUUCAGUGUUCAUGAGAUUACAGGCAGUCAAACUCAAAUAGAUCCGUAAGUCACCAUGUGGAAUAUAGAUCCGUAAGUCACCAUGUGGAAUAGGCUACAUGUUUAUUCAUCUCCGUGUCUUUCAUGAUCGUAUCUGAACAGGCUGAGUCAUCUUCUAUUGUAACAAUGACUGCACAACAUCAAACCGUUGGCAACCAGUGAAAUGAAAAGCUCUUAACUGUUUUUUUUUAACAGUUGUACUCCCCAGUUGUAUGUAUUGCAAAUCCCAAUCUGCAGGGUCUCAGUGAUACUCAUGUAAUGGUGCUGUGUGCUUCAAUCUCAUGUGUUUAAAUGACGGAGGUCUCAGCUUCGCUCACACUCCCAGUGGUUAGAGAUGCAUCGCCACAAUUGCGUACAUGUUGGCAAACUGAGCGAGAGGGCUUGAAACAGAGGCUAUGCUCCGUGUGUUUAGCGCUCACUGACCCUCUCCUCGCCUGCCUCUUAUCUGCUGCUGGGUCAUAGAGGUCAGGGGGUCAGCGGUCCAGUUUUGGUUUUCUGUGCCCUCUAGACCCAGCUAUGCCCACUAACUCAAUCAUUCAAAUUCUUUCCAAAUGUGAGUCAAAUGAGAUAACAUGCUCAGCAUUUCUUUUGACCUGGUUUACAUCCUUUUUUAAACUUUGUUUUCUAAUGUGAGGGAAAAAAAGACAAUAUUUACUGAUAUAAAAUUUAAAAAAACAUGUUAUGCAGUAGUUCAUGUACUGUUAUUACAAUAGGGGAAAUGGUGUCAAAAUGUUAAAUUGUGAAAAAAAAUAUCAAACUGUUGUG